AUGAGCCUAUUAUCAUCUUCGUUUCCAUUUUGUGCAGAGGUCUUAAUUUACUCUUGCACUGAUUGCACUCUUCCAAUGGAGAUUGGUAUUUGGUUCCAGCUCUUCUUUCCAGUCGGAAUCUGCAGCCACCAUACGAGGAAACAAAACAGAUCAAGAGGCAUUGCUAGCCUUCAAAUCAAGAAUUACACAAGACCCUCAUGGAGUUUUAAGCUCUUGGAAUCAUUCUCAACAUUUCUGCAAUUGGCCAGGCAUUAUGUGCAGGAAGCGACACAAGAGGGUCACCGUGAUAAGUCUAAAGUCGAGAGAUUUGGUCAAAUUCCAUCCAAUUUGUCUCAUUGCACCAAUCUCGUACAUCUAUCUGUUAUAAACAACAAGUUAACAGGAAAAUUUCCUUUAGAACUUGGCUUCUUGUCAAAGCUUGAAUUGAUAGUAAUUUCUGGGAACCAUCUAAGCGGAGAGAUACCCAACUCUAUCGGUAACCUUUCCUCUCUAGAAAUUCUAGCUGCAGCUUAUAAUUUCUUCAAGGGACAAAUUCCAGAGAGUAUAGGGCAGUUGAAGAGCUUAACUGCAUUGGGGCUGGGAGCGAAUGAACUAUCUGUUAGUAAUUGCCUUUAG